AAAACAAAACCAUUCCGGUUUCCAGAUUCAGCUUAGCUUUAAGGUGUCAAGCAUAUCUUCUAUUUCUACUUCAGCUCUCUUCUUCCACUUGUGCUCUCUCUCUCUCUCUCCACACAUGAGAUGUGCCUUACUUUUCCAAAGGUAACAACAACUUGUGUACCAUUCUCCUUGAGGAAGAGAUGCCCCAUGAUGACUUCUUGAUGCCUAGUAGUGUCAUUGACAUUGUUGUUGUCUAGCUUUCUUCUCUCUUUGAUGGAUCUUGGGGUGAUGGGUUUGGAGGGGUUGGACAGUGUUGCUUCCUUUGGUUGUUCAUCUCUUGCUUCAGAUCCUGAGGCAAAGCACAAGUGGUACGGAUCUGGGGUGCUCAAGCAAGAGAGGACUGUCACAAGUGAAGAUGAUGGUGAUGAGUGGAGAGCUUCAAAAGUGGCUAAAACUCAUGACAUGUCUUCUGCAUCAUCCAAAGCAAUGCUGUUUCAUCACAGAAACUCCUUGCUGAGAUCUAAUGCUGCCACUCUCUUCUCUGACCAUCAUCACUCACAAAUGCUGAGCUUUUCCUCUCCAAAGUCAGAAACUUUGUUGCUGGAUAAUAAGCCCUCCUCAAAUGCCACAUUGCCUUUUUCUUUGUCUAGUAAUUACAACAGGAGUACAGGUUACAAUUCGGGAAGCAAUAGCAUGCAUGGGGCAUUAGUUGGUGCUAUAGGGCUAUUCACUCCAUCACAGUGGAUGGAGCUUGAACACCAGGCUUUGAUCUACAAGUACAUCACAGCAAACGUGCCUGUACCCUCUCAUCUUCUCAUACCAAUCAGAAAAGCACUUGAUUCUGCUUCCUUCUGCAACUUCUCAACCGGGCUCCUCAGACCUAACACAUUGGGAUGGGGAGGUUUCCAUCUGGGAUUCUCGAACAACACAGAUCCUGAGCCAGGGAGGUGUAGGAGAACAGAUGGUAAGAAAUGGCGGUGCUCGAGAGAUGCCGUAGUGGAUCAGAAGUAUUGCGAGCGACACAUGAACAGAGGACGCCAUCGUUCAAGAAAGCCUGUGGAAGGCCAAUCAGGCCAUGCCCUCAACACCACCACUACUCCUAAUGCUUCCUCUAACUCCAUUGUGGUGCCCGGCAACAACACCACCACCUUUGCACACUCCUCUUCUGCCAACACCAUCAAUAGGAUGUUUGUGAGCAACAAAGAGAACAACAAUGCAAGUGAGAGGAUGCCGGAUGGCCCUGCCCUUCCCAUGUUACCUCCCACUCUUGAGCUGAAACCAAAGGAGAACAACCCUUUCAUGAUUUAUAAACACCAAAUCCCCUCAUAUGAUGAAUCAUCCUCAAGGAGCAACAAUGAGUUUGGCCUUGUCACUUCUGAUUCCUUGCUUAACCCUUCACAUAAAAGAAAGGAUUAUGAGUCCCAACAACAACAUCCCCUAAGGCACUUCAUUGAUGACUCUCCCAAACCAGAGUCUCAUCACCACCACCAUCACCAUCAUCUCUCUGGCGUUUGGCCUGAGCUUGACAUGCAGCCAGACAAGACUCAGUUAUCAAUCUCCAUACCAAUAUCCUCCUCAGACUUCAUGUCAUUCACCACUUCCUCACCCUCCAAUGAGAAACUCACAUUGUCACCACUGAGGCUUUCAAGGGAGUUAGACUUGGACCCCAUCCAAAUGGGGUUGGGAGUGGGAAGUGCUCCCAAUGAAUCAAACAUUAGGCAAGCCAAUUGGAUUCCAAUCACUUGGGAGAGUUCUAUGGAAGGCCCUCUCGGAGAGGUUUUGAACCUUAGUAAUUGUAGCAACAAUAACAACAAUGCAAGUGAUCAAUGUGGUGGCAAUAACAUCACUUCAGCCCUCAACCUCAUGAAAGAUGGGUGGGACAAUAGUCCUCCACUAGGGUCAUCCCCAACUGGGGUGCUGCAAAAAACAGCAUUUGGAUCACUUUCCAAUAGCAGUGCUGAGAGCAGUCCAAGGUCAGAGAACAACAAAGAAGGAGCCACCACCUUGUGCAAUGCCUUGUAAAGUCCAUACAAGAAGAUCAACUUUGAAGCCAUGAUGCAUGCAAGAAGAAAAGAAAAGACUCUAGUUCUUUUGAGUUUUUUUACUAGUGAAGUUUAUUACAUAUAUAUUUGGUAAUCUUAGAAUUUGGAAAGAUGUGUUCUUGUUAAUUAAUUUCCCUUGCCCUCAUAACCUUAGGCUUUUAGUUUGGUUGUGGUUUUUUUUUCCCUAUCAUUUAUGUUUUGCAAAGUUUGUAUUCAACAGUAAGUGAAUGAUGUUGGUUGAAGUGUGUGUGGACAUGCUUUUGUUUUAAGGAGGACAGGUUUUGGAACCAAGUGGGAGGCUUU